GAGGAAACACUUGGAUUAGACUCUCUGGGUGACAGGGUUACACAACCAACCUGGAGUUAAAAACAUCAACUUUGAACUCAACUUCGGAUCUGCGCUUUUAGUAAACAAUUCUACAACCACUUAGAGGUCCUGAAGUCUUUACCACUCCACCUCACUUAUGGAUCCCCAGGGUGGUCCAUACCUCAACAAAAGGGCACUGUGCUCACCUUUGGGUGCUGCCCGUCUCUGCCAGUUAGCUAUGGGCUGUGCUGUGAUUGCCAUGGUAACCCACAGUGCCGGAUACAGUGGCUCUCACGGUGUGUUUUGCAUGGCGACAUGGUGUUUCUGCUUUGCCAUGUCUGUGGUGGUGUUCUUCCUAGAUGCAACCCGUCUCUACAGCUGCCUCCCUGUUUCCUGGGAUAAUUUCACAGUCACGUGUGCUGCAUUUGCGACACUCCUGUAUGUGACGGCCUCAGUGGUCUACCCCCUCUUCUUUGUCCGAUCUGAGUGUCCCUAUGCCGGCUGUCAUGUCCGGGAUUUCCGCAUCGCCGUCACCGUGUGCUCCAUCCUGGGUUCUGUGGCCUAUGGGGCUGAAGUGGCCCUGUGCCGAGCCAGGCCAGGCCAGACUGUGGUGGGCUACAUGGCUACUAUCUCUGGCCUCCUUAAAGUUGUCCAGGGUUUUGUGGCCUGUAUCAUUUUUGGGGCUCUGGCCAAUGGGAGUGAGUAUUCCCGUUAUGGCGCCACUAUCUACUGCGUGGCCGUGUAUGCCUUCUGCUUUGCCCUGACCGCUGUGGUGGUCAUAAUGACGGUGUGCGGGAAGACCAAGGGUAUGCGCUGCAUGCCCUUUGAAAGGUUUGUGGUGGUGUGCACCCUCCUGGAGGUCCUCCUCUACCUCAGUGCAUCAGUGGUGUGGCCAGUGUUCUGUUUUGACACUAAAUAUGGCUCCCCGUGGCGGCCUUCGUCCUGCCCCCGGGGGAAGUGUCCAUGGGACAGUAAGGUUGUGGUGGCGGUGUUCUCCUUCAUCAACUUCAGUCUGUAUAUGGUAGACCUGAUCUAUUCCCAGAGGAUACGAUUCGUCCCCUCACGUCUGUCCACAAACUCACGAGUUUAACAUUAAUGGAUCAUCAUCAGGCAUCACUGGCUGAGCAGGUUUAAGUUCAGCUUCACUGGGUUUAUCUGUGUAUUUUGCAUUUUUUACCCCGUCCCCCAAAGGGGAGGCAAGGGGUAUUGUUUUUGGUUUGGUUUGUUUGUUUAGUUGUUUAACAUUUUAGUAGCAAAACUAUUGGUUGAAUUCAU